CACCGAGAUCAUCAAUUCCCAUCACUGAUCUAGAAUGGUGAAUCUCAUUUGAUACGUAGAGAUGAAUGUCAAUAAUUAAGUUUCUCUCCUAUUAAACUGGAUUUUAUACUCAUAAUUCUCAUAAUCUUGCUCACUCGAAUUAGAAUGGGUAUGUUUGUGGAAUUUAUAAUCUGUACUGAAAAUUUCAUGGGAUUUUUUCAGGUAUCAUCAAACUAGAUACCUUUCUCUACCAGUUUUUAAAUGCUGCUAUUGCAUCGAUUGGCAUCGUAUUUCCUGAACAUUUAUUAUGGCAUACGUCUGCACUUUCAAAAUAAAAUAAAAUAAGAAAACAAGAAAUCGCUCUUGACAAUUUCAUUGAGAUUUCGCGGGAAUUACCUAUGAUCGCACUUCGCGAGAUCACAUGUAAUCCGUAACGCGCGACUAUGACAAAAGAUUUUGAAUGCACCUCGGUGCUGCCACCCGAUGUCCAUGCGCGAAAUAGAUAAUCAGAUUCCGCUGUUUGUAUCACGCUCCGUAUUACCUUGUAUCAAAUGUAACCGACUGUCGUUACAAUUAUCUAUGGAGUGCACUUUUAUUACCCUGGUUGUUGCUUUUUCACAAUGAUCAAUCCGACCUAUGAUCCGACCCCUCGAUUGAAGAACGACUGCCUAUGUUUCCACCGCUCAUGAAGAUUUCCGUAUAUUAUGCGAUCCCGUUUAAUUUUUCGCUUUUAACUGAAAAAUUACAAAUGUCGUAGUUGGCAUGAUUAUACGCACACGGGUCGGUAGGGUUACUGGAAUUAGCGAAUAAAGCGGCUAUCAAGCAAUUUGCUUGAUUAAAACUGACAACAGCCAUGUGCCAGGCCAUGUCUUGAUCCCGAGAGUAAAUGAGGUGCAAUUUCUACUUCUUCAUGUUCAGCUGCGGUAGAUACUUUGAUGUGGCAAAACAAUCAUUCGGCUGCAUGGUGCUCCUAUUUGAAUUCAAAAUUACGCUGUAAUUAAUUGGCCGCACGUGGCAUAAAUCAACGAAUAGCUACCGAUGAAAUUGAUUAACAUUUUCUCAAGCCGUAUAUCAAAUACAAUCUUGGAUUGCAUUUUUAUAUGGUAAAUCUUAUUUUGCGCGCAAAAAACAUUUUGCACAUGCAAACUGAUGUAAAAACAUUGAAGCUCCUGCGUAACUUGUUUACUUCAAGUAUGCCAGUGACAUCAAUGUGAUGCGAGCAUGGUAGUGGGAAUGAAUAGAUUUUGGAGGUUUAACAUUAGAAAGUUUCGGUAUACCAUAUUUGGACCGAAAGAUUAUACCUGGAACUCACCUAUGACUUGGUGCAAAACAGUUCUUGUUUUUUGAUUAUGUCGGUUCCGUAUUAACUUGUACGAGUAUAUUUCGCUCGUGUACCUGGAAUCAUGAGAUACGAUAUAAUUACAGAAGAUUUCACGUGAUUGUUACCAUGCUGUACUGCAAUUUGUUUAGUAAUGAAAUGAUGCCUAGACUUGGUCCAUUGCGAUAAAACAAUUGGGGGUACAACCGUGGCGCGGGCAUUUCUAUUUCAUUCCUAGUGUUGAAUAGUCCAAGCAACUUAAUUUCGUGACCAGAAUUCAGUGAUCACUCGCCCACAUACGACUUAGGUAGUGCCCGUUUGGAGAGUGCCAUGGAAGAACCUAGACGUAAGAUCGGAACGCAAAUAAUUGCUGGCUUUGCAGCGACGCUAUCGUCGGUCUGCACGGGCUACCAUUUUGGAUGGUCGUCACCAUCUCUACCAAAACUUCGAAACCCCGACUCCGACAUUUACUUGACAUCGGGACAAGGGGCAUGGGUCAGCAGCAUUUUCAAAUUUGGAGCCAUGUUAAGUCCGCUGCUAGUUACUGUGCUGGUUAGAAAAGCUGGCAGAAAAUGGUUACUUCUGGCUUCGUGUAUUCCUCAAAUUGCCAGUGGCAUCCUGUUAGUUCUAGCGCAAGGCUACUGGUGGCUCAUUUGCGCAAGAUUCAUCGCAGGAAUCGGCUCCGGCACUUCGAAUAUAGCGUCAUCGUUGUAUAUCGGAGAAAUAGCUGAUGAUAAGAUCCGAGGUGCUCUUGGUGCAAUUAUUUCUCAAAUGAUGAACUUAGGAAUUCUGCUGGCCUAUUCCAUCGGGCCAUGGGUUAGCAGGGUGCCUUUUGGAGGGAUGGGAAUACUCUUGCCCGUAGUUUUUGGUUUAGUUUUCGUCUGGAUGCCAGAGUCUCCUUAUUAUUUAAUAAUGAAAAAUGAACCGGAACGCGCAACCAAGGCUUUACAAUGGCUCAGAGGUACCGAGGAUGUGAAAUCGGAGAUCGAUAAGAUCAAGGCGAGCAUCGAAUACGAUCUACGAAAUGCGGCAAAUGCCAAGGAUCUGAUCGUGGUACCGGGAAAUCGAAUGGCACUGAUCAUCAUCCUCGGUGUGAUGUUCACCCAGCAGAUGAGCGGCAUAACAGCGAUUCUUACGUACAGUGGUACUAUCUUUGCUGAAGCUGGAUCAACUUUGGAUCCAAGCGUUUCUCUUAUUAUUGUCGGAGUGGUCCAAUUCCUCAGUGGAAUACUGUGCAUUUUCACCGUAGACCUGGCCGGGCGAAAGUUGUUGUUACUCAUUUCGACUGCCGGGUCAGCCAUUUUCUUAGUAGGCGUUGCCCUAUACUUUCAAUUGAAGUCCAACGGAUUUGACGUUAGUCCGAUCUUUUGGCUUCCGUUGGUCAGUAUGGUCGGAUUCAUACUCAUCUAUACGAUUGGAUUGGGAAUAAUUCCCGGCGUUGUACUUUCGGAACUAUUCCCGUACAAUUUGAAAGCUUCGGCUGGAAUGGCCGUCAUCACAAUGGCUGGUCUGUGCGGACUUAUCGUCACGAAGCUCUACCAAGUCGUUGUCGACGCCUGGGGGAUCGAAGCCGCGUUUUGGGGAUUCGCGGGUAUCACAGCAUUUUGCUUCAUUUUCAUUUUAUUCUUCGUGCCCGAGACGAAGCAGAAAUCUCUCCAGGAGAUCCAAGAGCAACUCCACAGAACUACGGAGUCAACGACGGCUUUGGAAAAAUCUGGCUAUUGACGAAAUAUGGGCCAGGCUCAUCUGGAUUUUGAAAAUAGAAAUUAGCAAAUAAUGUAACUUAUAAUAUUAUAAACAAUUAAUGUAACCAAAAUGCAAGUUCUCCAAUUGAACAAAUACGACAAGGCUGUUUCAAUUCGA